UAGAGGCAAAGGCAAACAGAGAGAAAAUGACUUGCUUCUUCUCAAAAGGGUAUAUUCUAGUCAUUCUCCUUUUAGCAAUUUUCUUGGUUAGUGAAGCUCACCAAUGUCGUCCAAGCGGAAGAAUCAGAGGAAGGAAGCCCCCUCCUGGACAAUGUAACCAGCAGGAUGACUCUGACUGCUGUAAAGCUGGAAAAAUGUACCCAACCUACACUUGCUCACCACCAAUGUCUGGUAACACCAAGGCAUACCUCACUCUCAACAGCUUUGAGGCAGGUGGUGACGGAGGAGGCCCAUCCGAAUGUGACGGAAAGUAUCACAAUGACAACACUCCAGUUGUUGCAUUAUCCACCGGAUGGUACAACGGUGGAUCAAGGUGCCUUAACAACAUCAGAAUUAAUGGUAACGGGCGUAGCGUGGUGGCCAUGGUGGUGGAUGAGUGCGACUCUACUGAGGGAUGUGAUGCAGACCAUGAUUAUCAGCCUCCUUGUCCCAACAACAUUGUUGAUGCCUCCAAGGCCGUCUGGAAAGCCUUAGGUGUAUCUAAGGACAACUGGGGUGGCUUGGAUAUCACAUGGUCUGACGCUUAG